CGCUAAUCUGUGCCACCCAUGUGCGGAAUAAAUGGCUCCAGAAUGGGACUUAGAAUCCUGGCGGCACCUGACACUUUUGCAUCCCUCCACCAGCCUCAGACAGACUUCACUGAGAGAAACACAACUGCAAACUGCAGAGGUCUCCCGGGCUGUUGUUCAAGACAUGGAGCGGAGAGUUGAUUCUCAUGCUGCAUGUUUGCUGAAUCUGGAAGGGAGAACAGGGAUGACUGAAAAGAAACUAAUAGACUGUGAGAAAACUGUGGUGGAGUUUGGGAGCCAGCUGGAGAGCAAGUGGGCUGUGCUAGGAUCUCUGAUCCAGGAGUACGGGCUGUUGCAGAGGAGGCUGGAGAACAUGGAGAACCUGCUGAAGAACAGGAACUUCUGGCUCCUGAGACUCCCCCCAGGCACAAAGGGGGAAGUUCCCAAGGUGCCAGUAACAUUUGAUGACGUCUCAGUCUAUUUCAAUGAGCAAGAGUGGGGCCAUUUAAAUGAAUGGCAGAAAGAACUGUACAAGAAUGUGAUGAAAAGCAACUACGAGACGUUGAUAUCACUGGACUAUGCCAUUUCCAAACCCGACAUCCUAUCCCGGAUUGAACGAGGGGAGGAGCUGAGUGUCGGGGAUCAAGGGGAUGGAGACGAGAGAGAGAUUUCUAUCAACCACAGCACAGAGUCUCCCGUUUGUACAGAAGAGGAUUUAUUAUUUACUAAACAAGAGGCAGAGUUGCAUAUUGGGGAUCAGCAGGAUCUAGAGGGCAGAACAGUCCCUAAAGAACUCUGUACUGAUCAUGCAGUUUCAAAGUCUGACACUUUAUCCCAGACUGAGGAAGGCAAAGAGUUAUGCGUCAGGAUACCACUAGAUUCAGAGAAUGUAGAGAUGCUUAUAGACCCAUGCACAGGAUUUCAAAUUUGUACAACUGAUAUUUUAUCACGGAUUAAACAAGAGGGAGAGCAGAGUGUCUGUGAGCAGCAUGAUUCAAAAGAAAAUGAAAUCCAUUCAGAUCCCAGCACAGUGAAAGAUGGAAGCACAAACAAAGAUGAACUCCCUGGAGAACCUUAUGAAAGCAUUUUGUAUGAGUCUAGUUUAUAUGAAAGACUUGGAGAAAAGUGUUUGCAGAAUCUCAAAGAGAGAGUGACAUGGGAGAAUCACUACAAUUCAAAAACACAACCAGCAACUGUUACUGGGAACUAUCUGGGGGUUUCAUCUUUGUGUGACAAAAAAUUAUUAAUCCAUCAGGAAGAACCCUACCCAGGUGAGAGACUGUAUACAAGCCCUGAAUGUGAAAGAAACUAUACUCCAAAGGUAUAUCUUCAGAACCGUCAACAAGCCCACACAGGAGAGAGACUGUUUAAAUGCACUGCGCAUGAGAGAAACUUCAGAGAUAAUACUGCUCUUGUAAUGCAUCCGAGACUCCACCCGGGCGAGAAACCAUAUGAGUACUCUGACUGUGGAAACCACUUAGAAGACAGACAGUUUGCCUCUGCUCAGUGCAGGAAAACCUUUGAGGAUAGAUACAAACUUAGCAACCACUGUGGCGGACACUUGGGUAAGCAACCAUAUGCAUGCACAGAAUGUGGGGAAAGCUUCACUGUCAAAUCCAAACUGACUAAUCACUGCAGAAGCCACAAAGAGGAGAGACUGUUCAUAUGCACUGAGUGUGGGAAAAAUUUCCCACUGAAGGUAAGUUUGGUAAAACACCAAAGGAGGCAUGGAAAAGAGAAACCCUAUGAAUGCAGCCAAUGUGAGAAAAGCUUCUUCUGCCACUCAUGGCUCGUUAGACACCAAAUGAUUCACAGUGGAGAGAGGCCCUAUAAAUGUACCAAAUGUGACAAAAGCUACAGCAGAAAGGAUUAUCUUCUAAAUCACCAACGCCGGCAUUCAGGGGAGAAACUAUUCCAGUGUAAUGUGUGUGGGAAAAGUUUUGUGCUGAAAAGAAGUUUAGCUAAGCAUCAGCAAAGUCACAUGAAAGAGACCCAAUCAAUGUAGUCAACUGAGUUGUCUUAGACACCAUUGAUUCAUAUGGAAAAGCUAGAAAAUUCACUAGGUUUGGGAAAAACUGAGUAGGAAAUAUAUGACCCUUAGAAUUAAUCCUAUCCCCAGUAAAUCCACCUGAGGAGUUCACAGGGGCCUAGAUUGACAGAGAAGCCAACUUGUGGGAAAGAGGGGAUACAUUAAUAUCAAUUCACAAGCUACCAUGUGAGACAGAGCUAACUGAAAAUAAGUCAGAAAAUGCAUGUUCUUGUGACACACAACAGGAAAAAGGGAUAGUUGGCUUUUCAGUGAAAGGAGGGACAUUUGAAACAUGGAAUGGAUUUCUAAACCCCUUCAGAGAAGUAGCAGAUACUUAGGAAUGGGGCUUGAGGGGUGAAAUACAUCCAUACCUCCCAUUGAAGUGAAAGGUAGUACUUGGUAUUCAGAACCUGUAUAAAUCAGACUUCUAGCUCACUGACACCAGAAAAAUGGAGAUAACUGAAGAUUACCUGGCUGACUCAUAAGGAGAGUUGGAAACUGACUAGGGAAAGCUUACAGUAUAUAUUCCUUUUUGGACAGCCUGAGUUUUCCACCUUUCAAAUGUAAUGUUCCAGAUUAUUACAGACUGUAUAUGUGGUUCAAUGUGUGCAUUACUGGAGACUGAAGAUUUUUUUAUAUGUUGAUAUUUGUCCUGGCUUUGAGAACAUUUUCCUUAAUUUUUACCACAUUUUAGGUUCUGUAGGAAACCUGAUGAAUAAAGUGGAUAAACAUUUGGCUUGCUGCAGCAGAUAUUCUCUAGCAUCACUCCCUUUUGCUUUAAGGACAAAAAUGUACCUGAGCGAGGAGCCAGCUCUGUACAAUAACACCAGAUUCUUGAUAUAAUAAAGAAAAUGUCUCUGAUCCUGAUGUUUAUGACACUAUGCCCCACUGGGAGAAAAGAACUUUGGGAGCAGCAGUAUUGAGUAGUUAAACUGAAAAAAAAAUGCCAUGAAAGCCAUCUUUGUGCAAGUUAACUUUUCCACCAAUGUUUUUCAUUAAGGUUGGCAUUAUGUGCAUGAAUUCUCUCUCUCGUGGCCAUUGGGAUACUGUAUCCUACUCACAACAGUAUAUUUUAUAUUCCUUUUUGAAUAGUAUGAUGUAAUUACUGCAAAAGUUUAACAUUAGAAGCUGUUUACUUACUUAAUAAAUAGAACUCAAAAAUCCAUUAGUACGAGGGUUGUGUUUAUCAAAAUAAGCUGAUCCCUCUUUAAUGGAAAAAACCAAUGAACCAAAAAUAUAUAUGUGAGCAGUAAUAGGCCAAGGAGAGGGGACAUCUUUGAAGUUAAAAUCCCAACACCACCACUCAAACCAUCUUUUAGCUUGGUGGUUGUGUAAUCUAGGCCUGAUGUGUUAGAGCAGUGUUUCUCAACAAGUGGUAUGAGUACCCUUAGGGGUACUCGAGACAAAU